CCGAGUCUGGGCGGCCUGAGGGGCUCGGAGACUCCGGGGGAGGGAGACCGCAACAGCAUGGCGGCCGGGUAUGAGCUGCCCAACCUUCCUCUCCCUCUCUGUCGCCGCCGCCGCCGCCGGAGUCGCCGGGACCCUUCGGUCUGCGUGUGCCAGUUGUAAGGCCGCUGCCCGCCCGUCAGCCCUCCGGUCCACCGGCCCUCCUUCCUCUACCGUCACUGCCAGCCCGAGGGUCGGGCUGGCGAGUAACUCCUACUCCUACCCCACCCACCCGUCCGCCGGCCCGGGAUCAUGGAGGACGUGAAGCUGGAGUUCCCCUCGCUCCCACAGUGCAAAGAAGACGCCGAGGAGUGGACCUACCCUAUGAGACGAGAGAUGCAGGAAAUUUUACCUGGAUUGUUUUUAGGCCCGUAUUCUUCUGCUAUGAAAAGCAAGCUGCCUAUACUACAGAAACAUGGAAUAACCCAUAUCAUAUGCAUAAGACAAAAUAUUGAAGCAAACUUUAUUAAACCAAACUUUCAACAAUUAUUUAGAUACUUAGUCUUGGAUAUUGCAGAUAAUCCAGUUGAAAAUAUAAUACGUUUUUUCCCCAUGACUAAAGAAUUUAUUGAUGGGAGCUUACAAACUGGAGGAAAAGUUCUUGUUCAUGGAAAUGCAGGGAUCUCCAGGAGUGCUGCCUUUGUUAUUGCAUACAUUAUGGAAACAUUUGGAAUGAAGUACAGAGAUGCAUUUGCUUAUGUUCAAGAAAGAAGAUUUUGUAUUAAUCCUAAUGCUGGAUUUGUCCAUCAACUUCAGGAAUAUGAAGCCAUCUACCUAGCAAAAUUAACAAUACAGAUGAUGUCACCACUCCAGAUAGAAAGGUCAUUAUCUGUCCAUUCUGGUACCACAGGCAGUUUGAAGAGAACACAUGAAGAAGAUGAUGAUUUUGGAAGCAUGCAAGUGGCGACUGCACAGAAUGGCUGACUCAAGAGCAACAUAGAGGAUGUGAAUUUCUCUUUGGGAAGGAGAAAACACUAGAGACAAUAAUAAUGUAAAAUGGUAAAAACACAAGUACUUUCUUUUCAAUUAUAUGUUGCUUCCAGAUGUUUCUCUACAACUUGUUAAGCAACAUUUUAAGAUGUUGGAUUCCUGCAAUAGAUGGCACUGAUGGUUUUACUCCUUUCUUUCUUUUUUUCUUUUUUUUUUUUUUUUAACAUUUUACAGUUUUAUUAUAAACUAAGAAUUUUGGACUUGCAAAGAGGUAUUAUUGCAAUAAUGCACUUUUCAUACUUGAAAUUUAUUUGUACGAUAUAAAGUUACUACUUUAAACAAAAUGCAAGUUUUAGGGGAUUUGUUUAUAAAUCUGGGUAAUUUAUAACUAAAGAAUUUCCUAAAGUUUGCUAAAAAUUCAUUUUGUGUUCUAUAUAUUACAAUUAAAAAAUAAUUUUACAGUUCAAUUUUAUGUUGGAGCCUCUUACAGAAACAUUAAGAAAUGCAGGAACCUGUCACGUUUAUUCUUAGGAUAAUUAAAUAGCUUAAUUACCCUUUUCUUUUUUUUAAACUUCUUGAUCACUUAUCACUAACCUUUAAAUCAUGACAUUAGCCAACUAUCCUUACUUUAAAUGAUCCAAGUAUUGCUUCCUUUCCUAUUAUCUUCCUAAUUUGUUUAAUCUAUAGGGGAAAAAAAGUUUAAUGAACUAAAGAUGCUUUGCUUUACAAUACCGGAUGCUCAAAAACAAGGAGAGUUUUAGAUUUUCAAGUGACUUUCCUUUUUGCAUUUCUUAAAAGCCAAAUGUGUUGUUCCUUUUAGUGUUGCUUAGCCUGUUUUUCUUUGUCCAAAUGGUUCUAAAUAGAAUAUAAUAAACCAAUGUAGCACUAUUUUUUUUUCUAAAUGAAGCCCAAAAAGGAAAAGUGCCUUGCAUCAUUAAAAAGAAUAAAAAUAAAUUCUCAUGACCUCUAAAUUAGCAUAUAGAACAAGGAAAAGUUUUUAACAUUUUUCUGUAUUUUUUUUAACCCACAAAUUAGUUUAAACUGAAAGUCUGACGCUUAAGGAAACCUCAGUAAAUAAUUUGGAAAUAUUUACUCCUUUAUUUUGUUUAUUUUAUUGUAUUAGUGAUUCGUUGAGGUUGUUCUGGCUGAGACAGAAGCUUUUCUUUGAAGAUGCAUUUAUUGGGGAAAGUGAUUUGUGGGAUACUUUAGUGUAUUUUAAAUUCGUGUUUUAAUCUGUUCUUUACAUUGAAUUAGUCCAAAUUUGUCCCAUAAUUUGCAUUAGCAAAGUCACUUUAUGGACCUGUUUCUUCUUAUUUUUAUUUAUAUUUAUAAAAAUUGUUCUGAGAAAAACAUUUUUGCUAUUUUAAGUAUGAUGUGAGGGAGGAGAGGAGUGUUUUAACUUUUUAUAGUUGAUGAUUUAGGUUAGCACAAACAAAACUCCUUUCUAUCUCACUUUUCUCGGUCCUCUCUUGAGGUGCUUUACUUAUGGGGAUGAUUUCCAUACGUUCCCUUGGUACCAAGAGGUACUAUGCAGGGUAACAUUACACCACGUUACUUGCUUGGCCUUCCUCCCUAAAAUGUAAUAAUACAGUUAAAGCUUGUUUUAUCCAGCAUAGGAGUGUAGACAUGAAUUAAAAUUGCUUUGUUAAUAAGAGUUAAUUCCUGUUGACCCAGGUGAUAUUCCUCUUCCGAUUUCCCUUCCCUUUCUCUAUUUUACAACCCUGAAAACAACAUAUUGUUAAUUCCUCUGUGGUCUGUAUUCUGUUGUGUGAUUAGGUCAUUUGGUGUGGUUGGCUAGUUGAGUCAAGAUUUUCAUUGAAUGUUCAGAAAUGCCAGUUGGUAAAGUGCCAGAUAACACAGCUUUCCUGUAAAUAGAUCACUAUUGGUAAAUCAGCAAAGAUCUCUCUUGUAAUCUAAUAAUAUAUGAUGCUUCAUUCAGCAGAAAUUCUGCUCAAAAGAAUCUUCAUACUAGUACAUGUAGAUUUUAAAAAUGAGGUAAAGAUUUUAAAAAUUAGUUUAGUAAGUAUACAUAUCCUCUCUAGCAGUUGGGUCAAAAAAUACAGAUUUGGUUAUGUAUUAAUUUAUAGCUGGUAAUUUUCCACUUUUUCUAACCACUAUAAUUUUUAUGUUGUCACUAAAGUGCCUGCCCAGCACUGUUCAUUAAAGACUGUCUAUCACAAACACUAGCAAAAGGGACUUUCAUGAGUACAAUAUUAAUGUGGACAAAGUGAUGUUUAUUCUUUCUUUCAUAUAAGAACAUUGCAAAUUUGUUUUAUCUUGGAUCUGUUCUUCCACCCAAUGUUCAACUAGUUCUUCUGGUAGCUCUUCCUAGUCUUCCUUCUAUUUGGUUCCAUUUCUGUAAUUUUAUUUCUACUGAUGUUGUGUGAUAGUUAACUAUAAUACAUUUAACCAAUCAUGAUUUAUUUUCUAGAAUAUUUGAAUAAUGUACAAGUGGUGUAGUAUCCAAUUUUUAAACAUUAAAUAUGUAAUCUGGGCAAAGAAUUUAAAGUGAAAUUGCAUUAAAAUACAGGACAACUGUUUUUUAUUGUCCAUUUUGAAAGUGUGAAACUUAAAUAUUGAAAAUAUUCAAACUGGAAUGGCAGUAUUCUUACCUUCUAACUUCAGUUAAUUGGUUCAUAUUAUUUUAUCUAUUAGAUGUUUUAAAUAGCAAUUACUUUUGUUUAUUUGUAUCUACUCUAUGGUAGAAAUGUUAAAUCGUGAUAACUUUUGCUACGAACUCUCAACCACUUAAAAUUUUUAGAGCAGAAUAUAUGUUUCGGGGGGAUUUUGUGCUUCACCUGAAUUUAGAAGUAAUGUCAGAAAAUGUUAAGCAUGUCCUUUUUUAGAAAAUACAAGGUUUCCAAAUGUCUUAUUACCAUGGUAAUUCAAGUGAAUUAGAAGUAUUUAACGGCAAUCUUGAAUUAUAAAGUUGGGGUGCAUAUAUAUGCAUAUAUAUCAGGAUCUCAACUGAUGUAAAGUAAAUGAGCAGUUACCUAGUGGGUUUUUUUUCAAUAACUGGCUUAACCGACACUUCCACAACAAAUAGCUUCACUUCAGUAUUUUCUUUAUCAUUGUCCAUUUAACAAUGCUCCAAAAAUGAAAUGCUAGGAAAUAGCUGAGAUUAAAAGAUUUUAUUUUUUGCUCAGAAAAAUGUUUCUAGGGUCUUUGAAUGCUGGAUUUUAUCAUUAUUAUUAUUAUUAUUUUUGGUCUUACCCAUCCAUGGCAGCUAAAAAAAAAAUCACUCAAAAUAUUCAGGUUUACAUGUUAGCUCUCUUUGUAGGGAGUUGCCAUACCUCACAGUUCCAACUGUAUACUAUAAAUCAGUAACAUUAUACUGACAUGUAAUUGCAAUUUACUAUGCAGCAAAAAUUCAAGAAAAAUAACCUACAGUGUCUACUUACCUUUGUAUAGGCAAUUGCUUAAGUUACUCUGCUUUUAACAUUUGUACUUAGACAAAAUGCUUAUGUAUGUAUAGGAAUGUCACAGUGCAAGAUGCUGCUAGCUCAGACACAAAGUAUUAAAAUUAUUUUGUGAAGAUUUGUGGUUGUAUUAAAACUGUUG